CUCUCUUCGUUUUUCUAGAAGAAAAUGUUAUUAUUAAUUUUUCUUGGUAUCCUGUUGCAUUGUUGUGCAUUUGGUACAUCGGGUGAACAUGAGACUCUAGCAGGCGAUCAUGUGUUAGGGGCAACACAUAUGAUAAAUGCGCCAUUAACACCUUCGUCAGACAUACGACAAUUCCAAACAAGUUAUCCUUUUCCUUCGCCUGGAUACAGACCACAAAAAUGUCCUCUAUGCGACAGUUCGAUUUAUCCCUAUUGCGGUGAGAAAUUAUUACACGAUGCCUGCUGCUGUACCGAUUCUCAUGAUUUACCUCAUCAAUGUCGAUUAGCAGAUUGUCGAUUUCUACAUGCUAAUAGCUGCAGAGAGCAUCGAUUAAUCGCAAAUUGUUGUUGCAACGACGAUUAUCGCACCAUUCUCAAGACUUUAGUGCAGCAAUAAAUUCAUUGCAUAUACGAAUGCAAUGAAUUUAAAGUGAUAAUGAAUAAUUAUCACUUGUGACAAAAAUUACGAAAAAAUCAACUUUAAUAACAAAUAAAAUAUACAACUUAUGCACUAUAUUCACAGAAAUUAACUAAUUAAUUGUUUAAAAAAGUUUAAAAAUUGUUAAUGCUAAUUUAUUGAUGAUAAUACAGUACAAUUCUUUUUUCCAUG